AUGACGUUUCAACGAAACACACAAAUCUUUCUAUUUGGGCCGCAGACGCUCUCCGCCACCGAAACGUCCUUCACGGAGCUUCGUGAAACGGUACUGGGCGAUGCUGAUCUGCAUUGGAUCCUGGACGUCGUCAACGAACUUCCGCUUCACUUUGCCGCAUUGGCAAAGGCCCUACCCACAGUCCAUACCUUCCCUGGGGCACAGGAAUUGCAAUGGCUGAAGGACUGGUUCCAAACAGGUUGCUCACGGCAUACCGCUGCCCCUUGGCCCAAUAUCUUGGUGACCCCGCUGGUCGUAACGGGGCACCUGGUUCAGUACCUUCGAUCAUUAGAGGACACUUCCAGCGUGAGCUCUGAACAGAGGGAGGCUGUGGGAAUCUGCACUGGUCUGCUAAGCGCCCUGGUAGCUGCCAGCUCCUCCAGUCGAUCCCAGAUCCAGUAUCAUGGGGCGGUUGCAAUUCGCCUCGCAAUGCUCGUGGGUGCCGUAGUAGAUGCCCAGAACUUCGCUGGCGGCCCCGAUGACGAGGCCGUCUCACUUUCAGUGGCCUGGGGCCCAAAUGAAGCUGAAUCACGCGUGAAGAAGCUUCUGGGGCAGUUCCCUGAGGCAUAUAUAUCCGUGGUUUAUGAUGAGAGGCGUGCGACGAUAACUGUGUCCAAAAGCAAAUCUUCGGAGCUGAUUCAGCGGCUGAGAGCCGCAGACAUAGUUGCAGCAGAAAUUGGACUGAGCGGGCGUUUCCACUGGCCCUCUCAUGGGACUAUGACCGAACAAUGUAUCCGAUUCUGCGCAACUACUCCUGCAUUUCAAUUCCCCGGUGCAUCGGAGCUCGCAUUCCCCGUGCGAGGGACAGUCAACGGCAAAUAUCUUGCCGACGCAAACCUCCAUGAAGUCGCCAUUCGCUCAAUGCUGGUGGAUCGCCCAGAUUGGUAUCGCACCUUGCUGACAACCUGGUCAGAGGCGCUGACCAGCCCUGCUUCAACGAUCACCUUGUUUGGUCCCAAGAGUUGUGUGGCACCGUCUCUGAUGUCUCGCAUCGGGCCCCAUCUCCGGCUCUCGCCCAACCUCCCUCGUCGGAUUCAUUCUCUCGGCACGGCAGGGGACCGUGACAGUGGCCGUGAUAAUCGAAUUGCCAUAAUCGGCAUGUCGUGUCUUGGCAAGUCGCAACAUAUCCCCGUGCCUCCGGGACGCUUUGGCAUGCAGUCUACCUGGCGGGGCAUGGAUGAGAAUCGAACAUGGUAUGGCAAUUUUCUCCAAGACUAUGAUGCAUUCGACCACAAGUUCUUCAAGAAGAGUCCCCGUGAAAUGGCGUCCGCCGACCCGCAGCAUCGCAUUAUGCUGCAAACUGUGUACCAAGCGGUUGAAAAUUCCGGAUACUUUGCCCCCACAACUCAGUCACAUCGGACCAAGGAUUCUAGGAUCGGGUGCUACGUUGGCCUGGGUCUGGUCGAUUAUGAGAACAACAUUGCCUGCCAUCCCGCCAACGCAUACUCGGUUACGGGGAACCUGGGAAGCUUCGCGGCGGGAAAGGUCAGCCAUUACUUCGGCUGGACCGGUCCCAGCAUGGUUAUCAACACGGCCUGUUCCUCCUCCGCGGUGGCGAUUCACACAGCAUGCCAGGCUAUCCUCAGUGGCGAGUGCACUGCCGCCGUGGCCGCAGGCGUCAACACGAUGAGCUCCCCGGAAUGGUUUCACAAUCUGGCGGGUGCGUCCUUCCUGAGUCCCUCAGGACAAUGCAAGCCAUUUGACGCCAAGGCCGAUGGGUACUGCCGAGGCGAAGGGGCGGGUGCCGUGUUCCUCAAACGAUAUUGUGACGCCGUUCGGGAUGGGGAUCAAAUCCAUGGCGUUCUGGCUGCCACAGCCGUAUAUCAAAACUGCAACUGCACCCCGAUAACAGUUCCAGACUCUUCCUCGUUGGCUGAGAUGUUUUCUCACGUCACCCGGGCGGCUGGUUUGGAUCCUGGCCAGGUAUCUGUGGUGGAAGCGCAUGGAACAGGCACCCCGGUGGGAGACCCAGCCGAGUAUGAAGCCAUUCGUCGCGUAUUUGGCGGUUCCGUCCGCUCAGAUAUUCUAUCUCUGGGCUCUGUCAAGGGUCUGGUUGGUCAUACAGAAUCUGCCUCAGGGAUUGUGUCUUUGAUCAAGGCGCUUUUGAUGAUUUCCCGCGGGGUCAUCCCUCCCCAGGCCAGUUUCAACGUUAUCAAUCCAGCAAUCAAGUCCAAUCGUCAAGACCGGAUCCAAGUCGACACGCAAUGUCGAACUUGGGACGCGAGCUAUCGCGCCGUGCUUAUCAACAACUACGGCGCGUCAGGCACAAACGCCUCCAUGGUGAUCACCCAGCCACCGACCCGGAAGCAGCCCAAGUCCGCAACGACACACUACCAAGUCUCGAAGCACCCCUUUUGGUUAAGUGCGCUAGAUGAUCGAAGUCUGAGAGAGUAUUGCUCCAAGCUACUGCACUCGAUCCGUAGAGAGGGCAAGGAUCAAGAUCCACAUCAAAAUCUGGCGGAUGUGGCGUUUCAGGUGUCACGACAGUCCAACCACUCCCUCGCUCGGUCGUUGAUAUUCCACAGCGCCUCCUGGAGGGUUGCCCUGCCUCCGCAAAGACCGGUUAUUCUGUGCUUCGGGGGCCAGGUCUCGACGUUUGUCGGUCUAGACCGUCAAGUGUACGAGCAUACGACCAUCCUUCAAAGACAUCUCGAUGAAUGCCAUCGGAUUUGCCAGCAGAUCGGGGUAAGUGGCGGAAUCUACCCUGAAAUCUUUCAACGGGAUACCAUUGGCGAUGUUGUCAAGCUGCAGACCGUGCUCUUCGCGAUGCAGUACUCCUGCGCCAAGAGCUGGAUGGACUGUGGCGUCACCGUUGCUGCCGUCGUGGGCCACAGCUUUGGCGAGCUAACGGCGCUCUGUGUAUCCGGUAUCCUAUCACUCGAAGACGCUCUUCGCAUGAUCAAGGGUCGGGCCCAGUUGAUCCAGCAAGGCUGGGGAGCCGACAAAGGCUCCAUGAUGGCAGUAGAAGCAGACCUGUCGGUGGUUGAGGAUCUCCUGGGCGCGGUCAAUGCAGCAUGCGAGGAUGUCGCGGUGGUUGCAUGCUACAACGGGCGCCGCAGCUUCACCCUGGCUGGAUCGACUAAAGCCAUCGACAAGGUGGAGAACCUGCGCUCAAAUGACCCGCGGUUCUCUUCCUCGAUCAAAGCCAAGAGGCUCCAAGUCACCAAUGCUUUCCACUCGACCCUGGUUGAGCCCCUCCUACCCGCGCUUAGGGAGAUCGGAAAGAGUAUUCACUUUAGAGAUGCGGAAAUUCCUUUCGAAAGAGCUACCCAGUCGAGGCAUGUCGGCCGAUUGGCUGCAGACUACGUGGCUGACCACAUGCGCCAGCCAGUGUGGUUCAACGAUGCCGUCCAGCGACUGUCGCAGCAAUAUCCGUCAGCCAUCUGGCUGGAGGCCGGGUCUAAUUCCACAAUCACCGUUAUGGCCAGUCGAGCGUUGGAAUCUCCCAAGACUUCUCAUUUCCAGUCCGUGAGCAUCACUGGUAAAGGGGGCUUAGAGACUCUGGCCGAUGUCACGAUAACUCUGUGGAAGGCCGGCCUGAAUACACUGUUUUGGCCUCAUCACUCGACCCAAACCUCACGCCAUUUCCCCCUGCUCCUUCCCCCUUAUCAGUUCGAGAAGUCGAGACAUUGGCUAGACCUAAAGGGUCCGCUUAAGCAGCAGGCACCACCGUCCACGGUGGAGGCCUCCAGCGACCUGUGGACGCUUUUGGGAUAUCAAGACCUUGAAAGGCGUCAUGCCCGGUUCUUAGUCAACACCGACUCCACAGCCUUUAAGCAGUAUGUUACUGGUCACAAAGUGGCUGAAGCAGCACCCCUGUGUCCUAGCAUCCUCCAAAUCAGCAUUGCGGUGGAUGCAGUGUCAAGCCUCUGUCCGGAACUCGCCCAGGAGGGGUUCCAGCCCCAGCUAGACAACAUGGAUAGUAGCGCUCCGAUGCCACUCAAUGUGUCCCGGAAGGCCUGGCUAGAUGCGGAGAUGCUCGGCGACGACCGCCGAAUCUGGGAAUGGAAGAUGGUCAGUCAGAGUACCGAAGCCGGAUCCAAACCCAUGACUCAUAUCGCUGGACGGCUCACUUUGAGAUCCGGGGAUGAUGAGACCUCCCAGAGCGAAUUCAGCCGGUAUGAGCGUCUCGUGCGGGCGAGCCGACCCCGCCGUCUGCUCCGGCCCGAUAUGGACGUAGACGCCUCGUUGCACGGUGACAAUAUCUACCGCUCCUUCGCGGAUACCGUCGAGUACAGCGAGGUCUAUAAGGGGGUCGAAAGGAUGGUCGGAAUGGAUGAAGAGUCGGCUGGACGAGUCUCACUGUCCCAGGACCCACGGCGGUGGGUUGACAUUGGUCUGGCCGACUCUUUCUGUCAGGUAGCGGGGAUCUUUGUGAACUGCAUGACUGGGCGAUCUGAUAAGGAGGUGUAUAUCUCGGAUCGCAUCGAGAAGUGGAUGAAGUCUCCCAAGAGACUCCCGCAGAGUGCUGCUUCCCAGAAGGCAGUGUGGGAGGUCUAUGCCUGUCACAAUCGUCCAUCUCCCAAGCAGUUCCUCAGUGAUGUCUUUGUGUUUGACUCGCUCACCGGCGAGCUGGCUGAGGUCAUCCUGGGCAUUCGCUACCAACGCGUCUCUAAGGUUGCGCUUGGCAAGGUCAUAUCGGGUCUUUCUUCGUCCGAUACAACACAUUCCAUCUCAGCGCCUGUAUCCAACGGUGGAGCUAACUCCCUUCUAUCAACACCUCAGUUGGCCCCGAAGAAAGAUGCAUCGCGCUCGAUGAAGGUCGCAGCCACGGUGAAGGAUAUUUUAGUCAACCUGUCUGGUUUAGAGCCCACCGAGAUCAACGACGAUUCCGAUCUGAUUGAACUCGGCAUCGAUUCUCUCAUGGGAAUGGAACUCGCCAGAGAGAUUGAACUGGCCUUCAAAAUCAGUUUGGACACGGCCGAUCUCUUAGAGAUCACCAAGUUACGGGAGCUUGUCCAAUGCGUGCAAAAGGCCUUGGGGCUUGGAGGAGAGGAAGAGAUGAAUGGCACUCAUGAGUCCACGAAUCAAGUUAUUGCAGUCAAUGGCCACGACGGCAUCAACGGAGGACCUCCCCAGGAAGCCACCUCUACCAGGACCUCGAACGGUGCAUCCAACGGGAAACUCUCUAUCCCAGCACCACCGGGCAAUGAAGUAUUGACAGAGGCUAUCCUGCAAUGCUUUGGUCGGAUUCGGGCGAAUACUGAUGACUUCAUCGUACAAAACGGACUGGAUGGAUACAUCGAUAAUAUUCUUCCGCUUUCGGAUGAACUCUGUGUGGUUCACAUCUUGGAUGCCUUCGAGCAGCUGGGCUGUCCUAUCCGUACCACGCCCGCCGGUAACAUCCUGGGUCCAGUGGAGCACCUGCCGCAUCACACACAAUUCGUACACUGUCUAUUUGAGUAUUUGGAACAAGCCGGUCUGGUCGAAAUCGACGACAUUCGGAUCAGAAGAACGCUCCGCUCGGCACCAGUCCGGUCAGCCAAUGAGAUCCUCGAGGAGCUCGUUGAGCGCUCUCCGGUGUUUGAGAGUGAUCAUCGAUUGACCCAUUUUGCAGGCGCCAGCUUGGCAGACUGUCUAUCUGGCAAGAACGACGGGCUCCAGCUCAUUUUCGGCUCUCCAGAGGGAAGGGGAUUACUGAGCGGCUUUUAUGGCCAGUCGCCCAUCAACACCACGUGGAUUGGGCAGAUUAGGGAGUUUAUAAUUCAGGUUAUUCCCCAACUAUCCAUAAAUGGAGGGCCGAUCAAGGUGCUGGAAGUGGGAGCUGGAACGGGAGGGACCACCGCCCAAAUGGUGGCACUCUUUGCCGCCCUCAACGUGCCAGUGGAAUACACGGUGACGGAUAUCUCAUCUUCGCUGGUAGCAGGGGCCCGCAAGAAGUUCAAAGAGUACUCGUUCUUGAAGUUCCGCGUGCUUGAUAUCGAAAAGCAACCACCGGCGGACCUGGUGCACAGUCAACACAUUGUUCUUUCAACCAAUUGCAUCCACGCCACCCACGACCUGGUGCAGUCGACCAGAAACAUCCACGAGAUACUGCAUCCUCGCGGAUGCCUGAUAAUGCUCGAGAUGACCCGCAGUAUGGCCUGGAUCGAUAUUAUCUUUGGUCUGUUGGAGGGGUGGUGGCUCUUUAACGACGGACGGCGUCAUGCCUUGGCGGAUAUCGCUCGCUGGGAAUCAGCGUUGCAUUCGGCUGGAUACGGACAAGUCCUCUGUACUGAAGGCAGGCGUCCCGAAACAACUAUCCAACGCGUCAUUGUCGCCUUGGCCGAGAGGAGCAGCGGUCAUGCGUGCUCGUCACAGGCGCAACUGGUAGCCUUGGGAGUCAGCUCGUUGCCUGUCUGGCACAAAUCCCUGACGUCCACAAAAUCUUCUGUCUCAACCGGGCCAGCAGUGUUGAUGCGACGCUCCGUCAACAUAAGGCCCUGGAAUCAAGGGGGGAUCAAUCUGGAGCCGACCGCGUUGGCAAAAUUGACGGUGCUGGAAACCGACCUGUCCAAGCCUCUGCUGGGCCUAUCCACUGUAGACUACGACCGAGUGGUAAAAGAGACAACACACAUUGUGCACAAUGCGUGGCCCAUGAGUGUCACUCGGCCUGUUAGUGCCUUUGAAUCCCAAUUCAGCGGCAUGCGCAGCCUGAUCCACCUCGCCCGGGACAUCGCUACCCGUCUCCAGUCGUCGUUCAAGAAGGUCUCAUUCCAAUUCAUUUCCUCCAUUGCCACUGUCGGCUACUUCCCUCUGCUGAGCGGAAAUUCCCUUGUUCCAGAGCAGCGGAUGACGGUAGACUCGGUGCUUGCCUCAGGAUAUGGGGAGGCCAAGCUCGUCUGCGAGCACAUGUUGGAACAGACGCUCAAUCAACACCCCGGCCUGUUCCGGGCCAUGACUGUGCGAAUAGGACAAAUUGCUGGCUCCACCACGAGUGGAUACUGGAACCCUACCGAGCAUUUAUCAUUUCUAAUUAAAUCGUCGCAGACUAUCCAGACGCUGCCUGCUUUUACAGGGGAACUCUCCUGGUGUCCCUCUACGGACGUAGCCACCAUACUGUCGGAGCUGCUCCUCGGGGACCACGUCCCCUAUCCCAUCUAUCACGUCGAGAAUCCCUCGCGGCAGCCGUGGGAUGAAAUGAUAGGGAUUCUGGGCGAGGCGCUCGGCAUUCCGGGUACGAACAGGGUUCCUUACGAAGACUGGAUAGCAUUGGUGAAAAGCCACCCUGGUCCUGUGGGGAGUGAUAAUCCAGCUGCUUUGAUUAUUGACUUCUUGGAGACGCAUUUUGUGCGGAUGUCCUGCGGGGGCCUGGUUCUGGAUACGACUCAUGCCGCCGAGCACUCCCCAACUCUGGCAAAUCAGAGACCGGUGGACUCCCAUCUGGUUCAAAAUUAUAUUCGAAGUUGGAAGAAGUUCGGGGUUUUGAAAUGA